AUGCCAGACAACCGAAAUAGGGAAAGGAUAUUUCCAAAGAAAGGUGAAGUUGACGAGUACAAAGGAUCAUACUCAAAGAUUUUAAACUCAGGUGGUAAUGGUAUAACAUACCUUAAUUCAUCAUUCAAUGGAGAAAGAAGUCAAGGGAAGGAUGAUAAAAUUAACAAUAAUUAUAAUAGUUGGAAAAAUAACCUGAGAAAUGAACUAAGUAAAGUAAACAGUUUGAUAGCAGAUGACCCGAAUAUACAAGAAAAAAAAAAAAUAUUUUUUGAAGUGUAUAAAAAAUAUUAUUUUAUAGAAAUGACUGAAUAUCAUAAAAGCCGAGAAAAUUGCACGAAUAAUUUUUUAAAUUUCCUUGAACGAAUAAUUGAAAAAAUGUUUGAAGCAAUAAAACAUGGCACUUAUAAUAUUAAUAACUUGAAUAGAUUUUUUAGAGAAUUUUUAAAAAAUGAUACAGAGUAUUAUAGAAGUGUUUCCGUAGGUAAUCCAAGGAUAAAUAAUUUGACACAAAGUUUUUUAAAUAUUUCUAACGAAGAACAACAAACAAAGAAUAGUCAACUUACAGGUAUCAAUAAGGAGAACGUAUUUUUAGGGGCUGAUGGAAAAACAAGAAAUUCCAGAGAUGCUUCAUAUAAUGCAAAUAAUGGCAACAUUAACAAUUAUGAUAAGAAUUCCUCCAGUUGUAAUGUCAGAGAAGUAUACAGUAAUGGUACUCAUAGUAUUAAUAUGAAAGAGGGGCAGACUAGCCCCUCCUCAGCUUAUAAAACGAUCCAAAAGGAGCACGAGAAAGAUAAGUGGAAGAAAAAAAAUAGAGAACACAGCAGAACUGGUGUUGCAAAGAAUGAUAACAAUGUUAAUAACACAAUCAACAACAUAAAUAGUAUCAACAGUAGCAGAAGAAGCAGCAGCGACCAAAAUAGAAACGCCAACUCAGAGGUGAAUAUGGAUACUGCUAAUUCUGCGGAUAGUGUAUACUUUCUAAAAAAGAAUAUCUCUAGAAAAUCGUCAAAUAAAAUACAAGAAAUUGCCGAUAGCGUUAUUAACGUGAACGGAAACCAAUGCAACUUAAAUCAUAGGAUUAUUGAUGACUGGGUUCAGUACGGAUUCAUGAAUUAUACAAAAAUAAUGAACAGCAUGAAAGUAAGUUGUGAUAUCAUAGACAACAAAAUAUGUCAAAAGAUGCUAAAUAUUCUAAAAGAUAGCUAUAUGAAAGAACAAGAAAAUUUAAUGGAAGGGCUUAAAAGAAGAAAAAGUGAUUUCUUAAAACAGUUAGAUGUGUGCAAAAAUUAUUGGAGGUAUUUUGAAAAUAGCUAUUCUAAUUCAGAAAUAGUUCGAUCAGAUGGAAUAAAAGAUUCCAAAAAAAUAAAGUGUUCAUGGUUAUGUCAAAGAAAAUAUUUAAAAAAUGUAAAAGAUUUAUUAAAAAUACAAAAUGAAUAUUUAGAUAUUAUAUAUACAAGUGUUAAAAUAUUUUUCCAAUUAACAGAAUGGAAAAAAAAUACUGUUCGUGAUAUAUUAUGUUCAUAUAUACUCAUAUAUAAAAGCUUCUUAAAUUUUUAUUUAAGUAAUAUGAAUAUAUUAUAUGACUCCAUUCUACAAGAAAAGAAUAUUGAAAUAUCUCAGUUUGACAAUUUAAACUCAGUCACAAUGAUGGAUGAUGAUGAUUUGAUAAAACAUAUAACUCCUUUUCAAUAUGAUGAAAACUGUAUUUCUAUACCUAAAUUAAAUAAUGCAUUAAAUAUUAUCAACAAUGCCAUCAUUUUUUAUAACAGUGAAAUUAAUAUAAAAUCUUUACUUUGUAUAUUUAGCUCAAAUAUUAAAGGUUAUCUAACUAGUGUAGGCAUUUUUAAUAAAUCACUCGAUGGUGUUAUUGUAAUUACUUGGGAUAAAUUUAUUCAUUUUUUUUCAAAUGCUGAAGAUGCAUCACCGCAGUGGUCAUACUACAUUGAAGACAUAGAUUUUAAAAUUGUUAGAAGCACAAAUGAGCAAAAAAAGAUUUUUAGCGAUACCGAAAAAAAAGAGGACUUCGAUGAGCGGGGCAACGUGGACAAUUCUGUGAAGGGUGUGCAUGAGGAGACCAAGGGCAUGCACGAUUCGAAUGGUAACAACAGCAGCGGCAACCACGGUAAUAAUGACAACAACGACAAAAACGAAAAUAACGACAAUAACGAAAAUAACGACAAUAACGAAAAUAACGAAAAUAACGAAAAUAACGAAAAUAACGACUAUAACGACAAUAACGACAAUAACGAAAAUAACGACAAUAACGAAAAUAACGAAAAUAACGAAAAUAACGAAAAUAACGACAAUAACGAAAAUGGUAAUAAUAAUUGCAAAAGUAACAGUAACAGCGGGAAGAAUGCUUCUGGCCCUAUGAGGGGCGACGCAGAAGACAUCGCCGUUCACGGCUUGAGGACGAGAUUUUCGGAUGAGUGCUCCACUGCUCAUUCCAUUAGUAAUGAUGCAGAUGAUGUAGAAAUUCAAAUGAAAGAAAAGAGAAAAACAUUGCUUAUUAGUGGAUGGUCAUUCACCUUCAAAUGUGCUACAUGCCACUUAACUAAUGUCUGUUAUGAAUUGCUAAGUAAUCAUUUAAACUCUCCAUAUUUUGAAGAUGCUAAUUCUUUUUCCAAUUUUACGAAUAUUAUUUCUAGGGGACAAAUUAAGAAUGAUUUAUUAUUUACUAAUGAAAUGGCUAGUUUCUAUAAUAGAGGAUUGGAGGAAAUAGACCUUAACAAAACUGAUAUAUCUGAUUACAAAAUGGAUCUUCCAGCAAAUGAUAACCAACAUGCAACUAACAGUAAGAUCCUGUUAGACAAAGAAGACGAAGAAGAGGAUAAGGAAAACUUAAAAAUGAAAAACUCACAACAAGAGAUUUUCUUGAGCAAUUUUAAUAAAAAAAAGGCAGUAUUAAUGGAAAAUAUGAUGAAGGGGAAUAAACAGAAAAAUGUCAAAAGGGAAGAGGUAGAGGAGGAAGACAAUGAAAUAACUGAGGAGAAAGAUAAAGAUGAGAAGAAAAAGGAUUAUGAGAAGAAUGAGGAGCUUGAGGAAGAAAACAGCAUCUACGACAAUUACAUAGAUAAUAACAAUAAUAACUACAUAGAUAGUAACGACGACUACAUUGACAGGAAUGACGACAAUUACAUAGACGGGAACAACACUUAUAUAGAUAGUAGCAACGAAAAUGAUAUAGGCUAUAGCAGUGACAACUACAUAAGCAAUAACAACUACAUGGAUAAUAGUAACAACAAGGACGAAAGUGAAUAUGAAAGAGAAAGCGAGGAGGAGUCCAUUAGAAACAAUAAAAAAAAAAAUACACGUAGGGGGAAAACUAAAAAUAGAGCAAAUUCUGGCAAAGCAAAAACAGGUAAAAAGUGA